GGUCAAGGCCGACUCUGUUGCAUCCGCUUCGUUUGCGUCUUUCAAAUCGACUCGAUGAUACACGAUUCGAACACAGAGUGGUUCAUGAAGACUGCACUGACACAAUAAGCGCAUAAGCACCGAGGAUGCCAUGAACGGCACACCUCGCCUUCGAACGGGCGCCUGGCCCAAUACGCCGCAAACGAUAAACAGACGCACAAAUGCUAUCGCAGCAGCAUCGCCCCCUGCCGGCAGCGGCGGGCGCAAGCUACCAGACAUAUCCACGCUGAAGAAAACACCGCAAUUGUCUUCAUCCUCACCCCCUCCAUCCUCCAGCGAACCUUUGAUCCCGCUUGACGUCGUGGACGCAGCAACCCAGCGUCUCGUGGUCGUCGCCGUCUACGUCGGCCUGUGGUUCUGGCGCCUCUACAACUUCUUCAACCUCCUUCGUUCGGGCGAGAAUGAGUCGUUAUGGCUAUUCAUGAAGUGGAUAUUCAUCGAUUCGACGUUCCUCUUUGGCCUGCCAGCACUCCACAUACCUUGGCUGGAAUUCUCGAGCCCUAGCAUCACUGUCAUCUUCUUCGCUCACGUCGUCUUCAAUGGAUGCCUCAUGUUUCAGAUUGGCCUGCCCGUUAGGGCGUGGAUGUGGGGUUUGGUCAAGCUGUUAUACGAUCGAGAGACUGGCAUCAGCGAAAGAAAGGUCAAGCCAGCCGAUAUCCUGCGGGAUGACGAACUGCUGAGUGGAAGACACAUUGUGCAUAUCUUACCAGAAGGUUCGGCAUAUCUUAACCCUACCCGCGAGUCAUUCUGCAUAGGCGGCGGAAUAGCCUCUAUAGAGCUGCCUAUUCAGAUCAACCAGACGGUUCCAGUCUCCAUGGAGCUGCUCCGCCAGGAUCUCGACACUCAGGAUACAGAUAUCCUCUCCUUUUCUGGCUCCACACUCCGCAAGGCCCGCAAAUCAGCUCUCCAAAAUAGCAAGAAUCACAGCCCUUCUGAGCCACUAAUUCUUCGCUUCCCGGUCAAGAAAACAGGUCUCUACACGAUUCGCUCAAUAAUCGACGAAUCCAAACUUGAGGUUCGGCCAAAGAAAUCCGAAGCCAUCGUCGUGCAGUGCCCUCAAGCCCGUGUCCUUCCGACAAAUCCGAAUAAGUGUCGUGGCGAUCUUUCGGAUGUUGGCUUCGAGGUAAUCGGGACACCUCCUCUACGCGUCAAGUAUCGCAAGGUUGUCGGCUCCAAUGUCAUCGAAUCGUCUUUUCAGAGCAUCCAGCCGGACGACUUUGUGUCGCCAUUUGCGCGACAGCAGCAAGCGCUUAUCCGACAGGACGAGCUAACCGACGCAUCCUGGGCACGCGCCCGACGCAUCGUGGUGCCCGUGAAUGAGACGCUGACGACAAGCGGUGCGUAUUGGUACGCUGUAGACCAGGUGCAGGAUGCAAUGGGGAACACUGUAAGCUAUGAAGCGCAACUUGAUGAGUAUGAGAUGCGUGGGAAAGGCAAGGUUCCUCAAAGCCAGCAGAUUUUUACGGUGCACGAGCGGCCGAUUGUGUCGCUGAGAGGUCACGGCGAGCGGCCCUCGGGUUGCGACACGCAACAUCCGCUUAGAGUAGCCAAGGGAGAAAAGGAGGUACUUCCCGUUAAGUUUUCUUCGUACAGCGGGACGCCUAUUGUGGACACUGCACACACUGUCGUGUACCAGUUUACCCCCUCGGAUGCGGUCCACUCAGAUGGCGAACAUAACGUCGAGGCCAUGACUAUCAAGUCGUUCGACUUCAAAAACCCAGACGAUCGGUUGUUGAUCGGAGAGAGCGGGCUUUACUCGCUCGUGGGCGUUUCUACACCCUUCUGUGCGGGUGAAGUUCGCGAGCCGGCCUCAUGCAUGCUACAAAAUCCACCCAUGCCUGAGGUUGAGUUUGGCGUCCAGCAGAUCAAGGACAAGUGCCAGGAGAACCCGGUUGGCCUGCGAAUUUCGCUUAGCCUGGUGGGCUCACCACCAUUCACUCUCGACUAUACGGUUAGCAAGAAAGGCACAAGGGGUGUGGAGCACAAGACGUUCAAGGUUAACGGACUGCGUGGUCAACUGGAUCUACAACCUCCUGAUGCGGGCGACUACACAUAUAAGUUCAGUCAGAUCAGCGAUCGAUACUACAAGGCCAUCUCACUACCAACAGACAACGAUAAUGGCAAGUUUGAGCAAAGUGUCAAGCCGGCUGCUUCAGCUCACUUUAUGGUCAAGAGCCUCGGCGAACCUUUGUGCCUGAACGAGCGUGCUUCCUUCCCUGUGAGGCUCGUUGGUGAUGGGCCAUGGAACCUGAAGUACGAGAUCGUAUUGCCUGGCGGCCGAAGAAUCAAGCGUCAGGAAGAGAAUAUUGAGGACGAGAACUUCACAAUCGAGACGCAUCCACUAGAUGUCGGUGGCGAUUAUACUGUGUCCAUCACAAGUGUUCAGGCUGGUGGCUGCGAAGAGGAUCUCAAAGAAGAGGUUAGCUUCUCGGUACGGUACCAGAAGCCACGCGCCGGAUUCGGGCCAGUCGAUGGAAAGCGCACUGUCCAUACGCUGGAGAAUAAGAAAAUCGGCCUACCGAUCCGUCUCACUGGCGAGCGACCAUGGUCUGUACAACUCAAGGACGGCAAUGGACAUACGGCGACUCACGUGCUCACGAGCGAGAACUCCAAAAUUGAGGCAGUGUCUAGGGGCACGUACGAAAUUUUAAAUAUCAGAGAUCGGCACUGUCCUGGCGAGGUGGACGAGGAGGGGAGAAAGUUUAGUGUAGAUUGGAUCGAGCGACCCGCGGUAAGAAUUGUGGAAGACCCUAGGAUCAAGGAGGAAGGGAAGAAAAUCAUCCGGGAAGCCGUGUGUGAGGGAUAUGAAGACUCGGUGGAGGUAGUAUUCUCUGGUAAUGCGCCAUACGAUUUGGUGUACGAGGAGCACAACAAUCCCGAUCAAGGGGCCAAAUUCAUGCGCAAAAAGACCAUUCAUGCCGCGCUAUCAUCGGCUACCAUCCAACUGGAAACAUCCAAAGCAGGCUUGUACGAAUACAGGCUUACCGAGCUAUCUGACCAAAACUAUGAUCACGAUCCAAGGAGUUUCUCGCCCAUCACUCUUCAGCAACGCGUGCACCCACGUCCAAGCGCUAAAUUCACUCAUCCUGGCAAGACGUACAACUUUUGCUCUUCCUCGCAAGACAGCAGAGACGAGCUUAUACCCAUUACGCUCACUGGAGUGCCGCCCUUCAAUGUUGAAGUCGAGGUUAAGAAUCUGGGCAGCGCCCGGCCCAACGUUCUCACGUUCGACAAUAUCCAGUCUAAUGCCUACAAUCUCAAAAUCCAGCACAAAUAUUUGCGCGACGGUAACUCGCAUAUCUCAAUCCGUAGCGUACGCGACGCACGCGGCUGUGAAUCACGUCGGCCAGAGUCUACAUAUACCAAUCCCCGCGUCCAAGUUGCAAUGCAUGACGCACCUUCCAUCACGAGUGCAGAAACGCGCAACGACUAUUGUGUCGGCGAAUACGUAUCAUUCCGUCUCAGCGGCUCUCCGCCCUUUGAGAUCUUUUACACUUUCAAGGGCAAGCCGCGCACGACGACGACGCAUUCGCACACCUUCCGCCGCAUAAUCGAUGAGCCAGGCGCAUUUACCAUCGACGCCAUCACCGAUUCUGCCAGCGACUGCAAGUCCAAGGUCACCAACGUCGCGAAGAUGUUCCAUCCCAAGCCACGAGGCUCGGUAUCGCAGGGAAAGGACACGCGGCGCGACAUCCACGAGGGCGGAGAAGAUGAGCUAGUCUUCGACUUCGUUGGCACGCCGCCAUUCGAGUUUUCGUACGUAAGAAGGAGUAACGCGGGGGGCCGCAAGGGCGGUCAGGUCCUCGAGACGAAGACCGAGAGCACGGAAGAGAGGAGCGUACGCAGGAAGGUCAGCGCGGAGGGAGAGUACGAACUCGUCAGCCUGAAGGACAGGUAUUGCCUGACCACAAAGCAGAGGGGCGGCUCUGGAGGCGCCAAGGAAGGACAGAAAUUGUUGACCAACCGGUGACGGGAUCCGUCAAAAAGAACCCUUGACACAAUAGAUGGGAAGCGGGUGAUGUUGGAAAAGCAUAAGCACGGCGUUUGUAUAUAGGUAGGCGAGGUCGUCCUUUGCAUGUUAUAAUUUGUUACUUUUUGGCUCCGCGCAAAAACCUCCUGAAUCACAGGUAAAACUGACAAUGCCGACAAUGAAGACCCCCCUGCCCCCUUUUUUCUUUUUUAUUUUCCGUCUCAUG